GCCAACGCGACUUUAAUCUACAUCUCUUGUGUUUUUCACGUAUUUCGGCAGUUUAUCGAAACUCUCUGGGCUUUGGAUUUGCCGUAAAUUGUCCAGGGAUCGAUUGAACUGGAGCUCAAUACAGCAUGGCCGGCGCGGAGAGCGACAGUGGCUGGUGGUCCAGUUUACUAACGGCCGCCAAAGAGAAGUCGGUGUCAGCUCUCUCGGCAACGAAAAGAGAUCUAGCCGAGUUUUUGUCCGUUGUGAGCAACGACACGAGUGUAGCGGUGAAACACGCCAGCGACAACAUAAAGGGACUCAUUCAGAUUGAAGAUCAAGAUGACGUUGCAAAGCAGACCAAGUCCCCCCACCUCCCACCCUCCUCCGUCCCACCCUCACACCCAGUGGGCGUGCCAUACGACAGAUCUCAGGCUCAGCUCUUUACACUCCAGAGCAGUCCGGACACCUUCCUCACCAAUCCUCUGGGGGUGGAGUCAGAGUACGAGAGGUGGGCGGGGCAGUUUGAGGUCCACUCUCGCCAGUCGGAGAUCUCGCAGCUCCUGGUCAACUGUCCCCACGUGAGGAGUCUCCACAGUGGACUGGUCCCUGCCAAGGUCUCCUACAAUGACUUCUGGAAGAGAUACUUCUUCAAACUCGGCCUACUCCAACAGGAGGAGCAGAGACGGGCAGACCUGAUGGCUCGAGUCCAGCCUCAGCCGCCGCCAGAGGAUCUUGCCUGGGAGGAGCUGGAGGAGGCCGAAGAGACUGUGGAGUGGGAAGAGGAGGGGGAGAGAGGAGAGGAGAAAGCAGAAGAGAAAGAUAGAGAGGAAGAGAAGAAUGUGACAGAAGAGACGGGAGCGAGUAAAAACAGUGAGGAGAGAAACAAAGACCCACACAACAGAGAAGAUGAUGUGGCUUCCAGUAUAGUGGAGAUAAAGAGUGACCACCUUCGUUCUGAGUCGUCCGAUAGCUUUGUCUGUGUGUCAGAGGACCUGCCGCACAGUGACAGCAGUCCAGAUGGCAACGGAGGAGGAGGUGGGGACUGGGAGUAUCUCAAGAUGGUGGGAGGGGGUGAGGAGGAGGAGGAGGGUGGGGGGAGUGGGGAGUCCAGUGAGGGGGGAGAUUUGCGACAGACUGUGACUCCUGUGAAGAAAGAAACAGGUGGGGAGGAGGGGCGGAAGAAGAAGAGAAGGGCGGAGGAAAGAGAGGGUACCCCGCCCACUCGCGCACAGCUCUCUUCUCUAAUUAACGCGCAUGUCGACAUGUCUGUUUCCAGCUUCUUCAGUAGUGAAGCCGAUUGGACUGACGCUCUGUGCCAUAACCCGCUGUUCGAGGUGCUCAGGGAAGAAGGGGUGGAGCCCGUCAAUAAUGGCAAUCUGGUGUGCGAGAUUCGCGGGGACCUGUUCGUGUGGAGCUCGGCAAAGAGCGCCGUCCUCACCACGAACCUAAAGCGUUUGAAAGCGAAUCCUUCGGAGGAACAAUGCUUCCAGACGCUGACAUGUACGUCGGCUCCGCUAACUCCGGUGUGUCGUCUGGUCCCCAACGAUGCCGGGAGCCACAUUGCCCUGGUGGGUGAGCAGGCCGUGGCUGUGAUGACCUUACCGCGCAGUCGAGGGGAGCACGGUGAAUUUGGUGGUGGGAAAAAAACAGUCUCUUGCAGGGAAAACGUUAUGUCUAGGGUGACCCCGAUAGCGUCGGAUCUCUUCACGAUCCACCAUCACACCAUCCAUCUCCUCCAGACGGCCUGGCACCGGUCUCUCCCUCUCACCCUCCUCCUCCUCACCAACGACUCCACCCUCCGUAUCUUCUCCCUCGCUGACCCCAACUAUCCUCGCUACUCUGUCCCUCUCUCCACCUCUGCUGCCAACCAGGAGAGAGAGGAAGAAGAGGAGGAGGAAGAGGAGGACAGAAGUAGAUUGCAGAGACCUGCCACCAGUGGUAUUCUGUACGUUGUGGAGUGUGUCAGACUUACUCUGGAGAUGGAGGACGAUCCUGUCUCCCUCAUUAAAGACCCAGUGCUACCGUAUCGCUACUUCAUCGCUCACAGUGAAGGAGUACACAUGGUUACAUUGCCAUGGGCUGGUCGAAUGACCCAGUUUGCAACCACUUCAGUUGGUGAGCUGGUGAUGAAAGUUGAUUCAGAUAUCCAGCUUGUGACUUCCUUUGAUCCAUCUCUCAUAAGUUUGCUAGGUUUGGCAGUCAUAUCUGAGCCUCUUCUCGGAGCAAUUCUCGUGUGCUUGGACUCUGACCUCCAGUGGCACGCCCUCUCUUUGCAGCCACCUCCACCGGCUCAAUACAUGGAGGGUAUCGAAGCCACACCCACAAGGCCACACCCACAAGUGAAACCAGAGGCAGGUGGUUUCGAAAAAGUCAUCCGUGACCUCUUGAACUCUGAUCACGCGGACCCUCUCUCUUACCUGGGGCCGAAGUCGGCCACGCCCACUCAACAGGAAUGUUUCAAAUACCUCCAGCGCUGCAUGCAGGCUAUGAGGGAGAAUUAUCUCCUGCCCCAGCAGAAAGUCAAAGCCGCAAUACAGCACAGACUGGAGAUACUGCGAAGUCAAAAGGAACAGCAGCUAAGAGAUCUGAUGGUCUUGAGAGACGACUGCACCGAAGUAGUCGAAAUCUGUGAAAACACGAGAGAAAAACUCUACGUUGUACAGAAGAGAGGAGCACAGCUACUCAACAGGAUGGAGAGGUUGCUGUGUCAGCUGGAAUCGAAGUCCCCCGUUCUGUCAGACGCCGAGGUCGGUAUGGAACAGGAGCUGAGUCAGCUACUGCCCAGACUGGAGGCAAUAAACUCACGAAUCCACGAGGUAUGUAUAAAGGUGGACUCUCACUAG